UUAAUGUGCCUAAAUCCAGUCUACGAAUAACACGUCACGCCGAUUGUAAACAGCUAACGACCAAUUAACAGGCUAACUGUAGCAAAAACAGUUACUACCAUGAAGAUUAGUAGAGCGCAACGUUGACGUGAACCAGAAUACAGGUGUAUUCUGGUAUCGAAUAUGACAAAUCUAUUCAUCCUCAUCCUUGUAUCGAUAUUCUAUUUCACUUUCUCCUUUACGCCUCUAUCGAAGGAAGAGCAGAUACAAAACUUCAAUAAAUUGAACGACGACGUGGAGCCGUUUCGAAGGAAUUUAACCGAAUGUGCGCGACAAGUCAAGGCUUCGAUGGUAGACGUUGAAAAUUUUCUUAAACGUAUCCCACAAUCCACCAUGCAGGGUAAGUGUUUCGUCGCGUGCAUUUUGAAACGCAAUAAAAUCAUCGUCAAGAACGAAAUCAGCAAAGAGAAUCUUUUAGAAGUAAACCGAGCCGUUUACGGAGACGACACAGAAGUGAUGACCAGAUUAAUGUCUGCAAUAGCCGAAUGCAGUGAUGUAGUCGAGGGAAUUUUCGAAAUAUGUGAAUAUGCAUCUAUAUUUAACGACUGCAUGCACAUGAGGAUGGAGCAUUUAUUGGACAAAGUGACAAUGGAGAGGAGAAUGGAAACGUUAGGUCAAAUGACAUCGAACCCGGACAUUUGGACCGAGGAAGAUGACGAAAUUUUGAAAUUAGUCAAAGACGAAUUGUAAGCGCCCGUUUAUAAGCAAAAUAAGGAAGUGAAUAAACGACUCGAGCAAUUCUUUGACCCUUUC